CUCAUUAUCCCUAUAAAGGAAAAAUCAAAAACAUAUUAAGAUUCCACCUCACUUCUGUUAGAAUGGCUAUCAUCAAGAGCACAAGCACAAGGUGUGGCCUGACGGGCCACACCGCCUUUCGCCACACGUGGUUUCGGCACGAUGCCUAAAUCCAAACGAGACAAGAAAGUUUCCUUAACCAAAACCGCCAAGAAAGGCUUGGAACUGAAACAGAACCUGAUAGAAGAGCUUCGGAAAUGUGUGGACACGUACAAGCACCUCUUCAUUUUCUCUAUGGCCAACAUGAGGAACAGCAAGCUGAAGGACAUCCGGAAUGCCUGGAAACACAGCUGGAUGUUCUUUGGCAAAAACAAGGUGAUGAUGGUGGCCUUGGGACGAAGCCCGUCCGAUGAGUAUAAAGACAACCUGCACCAGGUCAGCAAGAAAUUGAGGGGUGAAGUUGGUCUCCUUUUCACCAACCGCACAAAGGAAGAAGUGAAUGAGUGGUUCACCAAAUACACAGAGAUGGAUUUCGCCCGAGCUGGGAACAAAGCAACUUUCACUGUGAGCCUGGAUCCAGGGCCCCUGGAGCAGUUCCCCCACUCCAUGGAGCCACAGCUGAGACAACUGGGCCUGCCUAUUGCCCUCAAAAGAGGUGUGGUGACCCUGUUGUCAGACUAUGAGGUGUGCAAGGAGGGCGAUGUGCUGACUCCAGAGCAGGCCCGGGUUCUGAAGCUUUUUGGAUAUGAAAUGGCAGAAUUCAAGGUGACCAUCAAAUACAUGUGGGAUGCACAGUCAGGACGGUUCCAGCAGAUGGGAGAUGUGGAAGAUGGCCUGCCUGAGAGCGCACCUGAGUCUACUGAAGAGUCAGAGGAUGACAAAGACGACUGACUUGGGGAGACUGAGGCCUCCACAAGACCAUGCAGGACUGCUUUCCCCCUUGUGGGAGAGCCUAUUUAUUUUGCUGUGGAUGAAGACAAGGGAGGGUGAUACAGGUUGACUUUUUUUCCAUAAAGAAUAAAAUCAU